AUGCAUUACGAACUAUUUGCCAUUGCGCGUAUAACUGACCCCAUUAUUCACAACAAAGAAGCCAAGAAGAUUGCUUCGACGGUGGGCAAAUUGAUUCUAAAUAACAGAGGUGUGAUUCGAAGUAUCACAAGCAUGGGAGUCAAGCCAUUACCCAAGAUUAUCUCAAAAGAUCAAGAAAGACAUUUUAGAGGAUACAAUUUUUUUAUCAAUUUUGAUUCAAGUAGUAAAGUCCAGGAACAGCUCUUGAGAACUUUGAUGUCUGAUCCAAGAGUGUUGCGUGCCAAUAUAAAGAAGAUUGAUAUGUCGCGAAGCUUGAACCCUGGGUCAUCAGUGGAACAAGCAGUAAAUGCCCAUUGA